AUGGAUUUCAGAUUUUUGCUACUGAUACCAUUGUUGAUAUCAAGCACAGUAGUCUACGUAUACUUAUUUGCAUAAUCAUCCUAUAACUUUACGAACUCAAUACAGUUUUCUAUAAAAUAAUUUGACAAUCCUUCUCGAAAAUAUUUAAAUUCGUUCUGUUUUAGUAUAGUCGAGCUUGCCAGGCAUGGGCUGAGAACUCCUACACAAUUUAUGCCUUGAGACGAAGGCAUAUGAUCAGUAGGACCAGGCCAGCUCACCCCCGAAGGUAUGAGGCAGCACUUUUUAAUCGGGACUGAAUUAAAUUUUAAGUUAAAAAUAAAAGCUUUAUACAGACGGACUAUCUUAACUCAAGGAAAGGUGGCAAACGCUGGGUGCAUAUACAUGUGAGUGCAAAUGGUAUAAGGUUUAACCAUAAUUCUGCCCUCUUGAAUUUCUGGCGAAGCUCACUAGCUUAAGGAUCAGCUCCUAGAGCCACGCCCAAUAGUCCUGAUAGACGAAGACUAUGUGAGGAAGGCAAACCCGUCAAGCCCUGGCAGGGAAGAAGCAAAGCUUCCCACUUCAGCAACUCUUCCCAAACAUGAAUGUCUACUUCAAAAGAAAUAGAGGCUCUAUUUUCCACUUUAUCAGGAUGGAUACGUCCUGCUCCAUAGAAAUAGCGCCUCAGAGGUAAAUUUCCAUCAACUUCACCAUUUUAUUUCUUUGGACUGAAUUAAGGAAUCGUUAUAUUAACAACACCAAACUUCUCAGUUCUUCUUAUUACAAGCCAGAAGUAAGCUUCUACUCAACCGACUACGACAGAACUUUAAUGAGUGCUAUGAGUCAGCUAUCUGGCCUUUAUCCCCCUGAAACAGGUCCCAGCCUCAAAAAUUCUUCUCUGAACCAACUAGCCAAGCCUCCAAUUUAUAUUGAAAAUUUUAACGAAACAAUUGAGGAGCUGGGAGACGCUGCCCUUCCUAAUAAUAUACAAGUAGUCCCAGUUUUUACAGGCCUAAACCAAGAUGACAUUAUAUUGCUACCUAGUUUUAGCUGUCCGAAAUACCAAUAUAUUUCGAAUUUUAAUUCUAAUAGCUCAGCAGUGCAGUCACUGAUAAAAAAAAAUGCCAAUCUUUUUGAAACGAUUUCUAAUGUGAUGGAUAUCAGUAUAGAGGAAGCUAUAAACAUUUCUCCACAAUUAUUAGACUCAUUGAUUAUAUUCACUGUUUUAAUGGAAUUUACGCUGAAAUAUUCAUUUAUUUAUAGAUUUUUAUUAAAAAUAGGAUAAAAUAAAUAAAAAAAAAUGGGAAAAUAUUUUUAAAAAAUAUAAAUAAUGCAUACGGAAAUACUAGAAAUAUCCCUGCACCUUUUAAUGAACAAUUUUUACAACAAGCUGUAGCUUUGUCAAACCAAAUUACCCAAAUCAUUUAUUAUACACCUGAAGUUAUGUCUCAGCUUUCUGGGAGCCAAUUUCUCAGGCAGCUUUCUACACUUUUAAAUGAAUCUCAGUCAAAUCCUAACAGCACUUUAAAAUUUAGCUUAUUUUUAGCCCACGAUUCUAGCUUACUAAAUGUACUUUCUGCCCUUAAACUUCCAAACCUAGAAAACCCAACUUUUGCAUCAACCAUUCUUUUUGAGCUAAUUUCUGACGAAAAUAAGAAUUUUUAUGUGCAAGUUUACUAUAAUGACAUUCUCCAAACCAUCCCAACAUGUGGUAGCACUUUAUGUCCUUUUUACAAUUUUAUGAGAUUUAUAGAGCUGAGGUCUUUUCCUAAUAUAACUAAUGCGUGCAUUUUUAAUAGUGCAGAAGAAAACUGGGGGGAUUUGGCUGAAGCAGAAAAUGAGGAGUUUCCAGUGGCUGGAAAAGGAGAUGACUGGAAUUUGAGAUGGUAUGGGUGGCUUGCGAUAGCUUUUUGCUCAGCUGUUAUUAUGGCGCUUGGGAUAGCUGUUACUGUUUUAAUUAGAGAUUUUAAAGCAAAGAGAGGGAAGAAAAAAUAUGUCGAGAUGUGAGAGCGAUAA